AUGUCUCAACAUUUUGGAAUGCGACUUAAAAAUAUUAUCAAAGCUGCAUCAUUUAUUGAGCUUAAAGCAAUGUUUCCAAAAGAUAGAGAUGUCUUUGAUUUUAUGCUUCGUCCGCCUAAUGUCGAUACACCUAUUGUUGAUAGUCCUAUUUUAAAUAUUCCAGAAGAAAAAAUAAUGGAACUAUUGAAUCUGAAAUAG